CUUGGGGAAAAAUAAUCCACAGAGAAGGGAAAUCACACACUUUCUGAAGCCUGAGACAUACCCACUCUAAUGUCUUGUAGGAAAACGGGCAUCUGUGAGAUAUGCUGAAUCUGCUGCUGUACCUACUGUGCCUGUGUACUCUGCUCAAGUACACAACUGCAGUUGCAGAGCUCAGUGACUGUACAGCUGGCGGGACCAUAUGCCAUACUAAUGCAGACUGCUUCAAAACACGUGAUGAUAAGUUUGUCUGCAUGUGCCAAAUGGGGUACAGGGGCACAGGAGUGCAAUGCCAGGACAUUGAUGAGUGUACUACUGGUCUACACAGCUGCCAUGCAAAAGCAGUCUGCACUAACACUCUUGGUAGUUAUACCUGUUCAUGUCAAAAUGGAUAUUCUGGCGAUGGAUUCCAAUGCCAAGAUAUCAAUGAGUGUCAAACUAAUAAUGGUGACUGCCAUGCCAAUGCACUUUGCACCAACAAAGAUGGAGGAAGAGACUGCAGCUGCAGGUCUGGUUUCAGUGGAAACGGAUUUCAGUGUACGGAUGAUAAUGAGUGUGCAAGACCAGGAAUCUGCCACUGGAAUGCCACUUGCACCAACAACCCUGGUUCCUACGUGUGCACGUGCAACUCUGGCUAUAAAGGAAAUGGAAAUUAUCUCUGCCUAGAUGUCGAUGAGUGUUCAGAGACACCUGGUGUGUGCUCUGCUUUAUUGGGAUAUAAAGGUUGCAAGAACCUGCAAGGAACCUACACCUGCCUCUGUAACAGUGGCUAUCAAAGCAAUGGACAGACAUGUGUGGACAUCAAUGAAUGUCAAAUCAACUUCUGCAGCCCAUUUGCUGAUUGUACUAACUUGCCAGGCUCAUAUCGAUGCACCUGUCCUGAAGGAUUUAAUGGAAAUGGCUUGGCAUGUGUAGACAUCAAUGAGUGUGAUAGAAAGAACAGCUGUGACCCCAAUGCAUUAUGUACAAAUCUGCUUGGAAGCUACAAAUGUUCCUGCCGCUCUGGGUUCCUGGGUAUUGGUACAAAGUGCACUGACAUUAAUGAAUGUGCCACCGAUAACAUUUGCCCAGCCGUUGCUGCAUGUGUCAACACAGCAGGUUCAUUCUUCUGUGACUGUGGUCAAGGGUAUAACUUUACUCAAAAUCAGUGUGUAGAUUUGAAUGAAUGUGCCAUGGGACUUUGCAGUCCUUAUGCUUCUUGUGAAAACAUGCCUGGUUCAUACAAAUGCUCGUGCAUAGCUGGUUUCAAAGGUGAUGGACUUGUAUGCGAAGACGUGGAUGAGUGCGUCACAGAAAAGCGAUGCCAUGUUAAUGCACUCUGUAUAAAUUCACCAGGGAAAUACAACUGCAGCUGCAUGGUGGGAUAUACAGGCAAUGGUGUGUCGCAGUGCACAGAUAUAAAUGAGUGUCUUGUUGAUAAUGGUGGCUGCAAAAACAGAGCAACAUGUUCCAACAGUAAGGGGUCUUAUUCUUGCAUUUGCCCCUCAGGCUUUCGGCUAGUCAAUCAUACCACCUGCCAGGACAUAGAUGAAUGUCAGCUUCCUGAAAAGGUUUGUGGCACCAACGAGCAGUGCACCAACCUGGAAGGAUCAUAUUCAUGCCAGUGUAAAGCAGGCUUCAGUCGAAUCAUUGAUGACUUCUGCUCUGAUAUUAACGAAUGUGACAUUCAGAAACCUUGUCAUCAAAAUGCCACAUGCUUGAAUUUGGUAGGCUCCUACUCAUGUACCUGCAAAAGUGGCUUCAAGGGAAAUGGUGUAACAUGCGAAGACAUAAAUGAAUGUGCACUUGGUGGUAUAUGCCAUCUACAUGCUAAUUGCUACAAUUAUAUUGGGGAAUACUUGUGUGUAUGCCACCAGGGUUUUACAGGUGAUGGUGUCACCUGUACAGAUGUAGAUGAAUGUUAUGUUUCAAAUGCUACUUGCCCAGGAAUCUCUGUAUGUGUCAAUUCGUUGGGAGCAUAUGUCUGUUCAUGUCUGAACGGGACAGUAGCAUACAACAACACCUGUGUCUUCCCUAGUCUUGAAUGUGAUCCUGCCUGCCAUCCGCAUGGACUCUGCCAUCCCUCACCUUCUGGCUUUCAAUGUGUUUGUGAUGUUGGAUUCAAAGGGGAUGGACUCACUUGCUCAGACAUUGAUGAAUGUGAAGAGAAUGUGUGCCCAGAGAAAGAGACACAAUGUGUCAAUAAUCCAGGAUCUUUUGAAUGCACAUGCAAAGAGGGUUAUUCUUUCAAUGGAACCAAAUGCACAGAUUUGGAUGAAUGUGAAUCUGGAGUCAGCAACUGCAGCAAGUUUGCACAGUGUGUCAAUACAGUUGGGAGUCACCUGUGUUUCUGUCUCAGUGGCUUCACUGGUGAUGGAAAAAACUGCUCUGACAUUAAUGAGUGCCACUUCCAAAAUGGAGGAUGCCAUCCAGUUGCAAGCUGCACUAACUUCCCUGGAUCCUUCAAGUGCACCUGUCUGCUUGGCAUGACCGGGUCUGGGUUUGAUUGUCAGGAUGUGGACGAAUGCAACGCAAACUCAACUUUGCCUCAUAACUGCAGUCUCCUCUCCACAUGCCAUAACACAGAGGGUUCCUACAUUUGCAAGUGCACGGAGGGAUACUGGGGAGAUGGGUUUACUUGUAGUGAUCUGGAUGAGUGCUUUCCACCUUCAAUCUGUGGGAACAACAUGACCUGUCAAAACUUCCCUGGAACAUUUACCUGCACAUGCACCCUUGGUUUGGUCUAUGAUCUGGGUACCUGUGUGACUGAGAAGGACUGUAAGAAUGCAACUAAUGCAUGCAACAUCUAUGCUGAGUGCAAAAACGUCCAUGGGUCAAACUAUUGCUCUUGCAUGAAAGGAUUCCAUGGAAAUGGUAGAGACUGCAAGGAUUUAGAUGAAUGUUCACAAACAGGAGCUUGCCCAAAUUUGUCCAACUGUUUUAACACAGAAGGAUCAUUUCAUUGUGACUGCUUGCAAGGUUAUCGGUACAAUGGGACACACUGUGAUGACAUAAAUGAGUGUAGUGUAGGAAACUUUAGUUGCCCUGUCAACAGCACUUGCUACAAUGAAGUUGGAGGGUAUAAUUGUUCAUGUAACAAUGGUUUCAUCUACUCCUACAACUCUGUGUGUUUGGAUGUUGAUGAAUGUGCCACAGGGAAAGCACAGUGCCCAAAUGCCUCAAACUGCCACAAUACCAUGGGAUCGUAUUCUUGUGAGUGCUGGGAUGGGUAUAUAGGCAAUCAGACAAUCUGCGAAGAUGUCAAUGAAUGCCUGAACAAUUCUAGGUGUUCAGACCACAGUAUCUGUGUUAACACCCUAGGUUCAUUUAUGUGCCUUUGCGAUGAUGGAUUCACCCUUAAUGGUACCAGUGAUACCCAAUGUGAGGACAUAGAUGAGUGCUCAAACCCAGACAAUGGGUCAGUCUGCACUAAUGGGACC